AUGCCACUAGUAACACUAAUAGGAUACGGAGUAUACAGCCUACAACCUCAAUCAGACCUUCACACCCAUCUCCGACAUGUAUUAGCCAUCCUACUCAACAACCCAUCCCUUCUCGACUCCCGCCACGUUCUCGGCCUCUUCGACAGCCCCUUCAAGCUCCACUGCCAACUGAGCAUCCCCAAAUCGGAUUUCGUCAGUUGCAACAUUCACAUCCCGCCAGUCUACGAAACUGAGCUUAAGGAUGGCGCCAAGUUCAACCGCGCCAUAAUCUCCAUCACCUCCAGCCACAUCGUCUCGAAUGCGGGGCACCAGUGGGUUGUUUCUGCCAUGGCCACUCUAAUGGACACUCUGGAUCGACCGGUUCGCGUACGCCGGGGCGAGGGGGAGGAUACGAUCGCAUAUUGCACCACGGUGAUCUGCGAGGAUAUGAGAGCGGUCGAGGACCGCACGGAGGAGCUUGCUGGGAAGUUUACCUGGCCUGUUGUCCUUGAGUUUUUGAAGUACGCGGCGGCUGUCAAUAUCAAUGGCGAGGGUUGUCGGAAGGCGCAGCCAUUGUCGCAUAUGGGUCUUGUGAACUUGGGAACUAUUUUGAGACGAGUGACUUGA